AUGAGACUGGCGCUGCUCUGGGCGCUGGGGCUCCUGGGUGCAGGCAGCCCUCUGCCCUCUCGGCUCCUCCCAAAUAUAGGUGGCACCAAGGAGGAGGAGAAGGCCAUGAGUAAUCCCUUGGAGCCCCAGUUCCUUCAGGACAGCCUCAUGCUUCAGACCAGUCUUCCUGAGGCCCUUCGGAUCAAAUUGGAGCUGGACGGUGAGAGUCAUAUUCUGGAGCUGCUACAGAAUAGGGAUCUGGUCCCAAGCCGCCCAACCUUGGUGUGGUACCAGCCUGAUGGCACAAGGGUGGUCAGUGAGGGACAUACUCUGGAAAAUUGCUGCUACCAGGGAAGCGUGCAAGGCCAUGCAGGCUCCUGGGUCUCCCUCUGCACCUGCUCAGGUCUCAGGGGUUUGGUGGUCCUGUCCCCAGAGAGAAGCUACACUCUGGAGCUGGGGCCUGGGGACCUUCAGGGUCUUCCCAUUAUCUACCGGAUCCAAGAUCUCCUCCUGCCAGGCCACACCUGUGCCCUGAGCUUGGGUGUCUCUGUGCCCAUGCAGGCUCCACCAGAGCAUCCCUGGAGACAGCACCACAAGCGCCGGCGGAGGCGGGAUGUGGUGACAGAAGCCAAAAUUGUUGAGCUGGUGAUUGUAGCUGACCAUUCAGAGGUCCAGAGGUACCCGGACUUCCAGCGACUGCUGAAUCGCACACUAGAAGUGGCCCUGCUCCUAGACACAUUCUUCCGGCCCCUGAAUGUACGGGUGGCACUAGUGGGCCUGGAGGCCUGGACACAGAGGGACCUUGUGGAGAUAAGCUCAAACCCAAGUGUGACACUAAACAACUUCCUCCAUUGGCGCCGGGCAGAUUUGCUGCCUCGAUUACCACAUGACAGUGCCCAGCUGGUGACUGCUACUUCAUUCUCUGGGCCCAUGGUGGGCAUGGCCAUUCAGAACUCCAUCUGCUCUCCUGACUUCUCAGGAGGUGUGAACAUGGACCACUCCACGAGCAUUCUGGGCAUUGCCUCCUCAAUAGCCCAUGAAUUGGGCCACAGUCUGGGCCUGGACCACCACCCACCUGGAAGCAGCUGCCCCUGUCUAGCUCCAGCCAAAAGCUGCAUCAUGGAGGCCUCCACUGACUUCCUACCAGGCCUGAACUUCAGCAACUGUAGCCGACAGGCCCUGGAGAAAGCACUCCUGGAUGGCCUGGGCAGUUGCCUCUUUGAACGGCCACCCAGCCUGUUCCCUACAGAAUCUUUUUGUGGAAACAUGUUUGUGGAGCCUGGCGAGCAGUGUGACUGUGGCUUCCCGGAUGACUGCAGUGACCCCUGCUGUGAUUACUUCACCUGCCAGCUGAGGCCAGGGGCACAGUGUGCAUCUGAUGGGCCCUGUUGUCAAAACUGCCAGCUACUCCCAGCUGGCUGGCAGUGCCGCCCUAGCAGAGGUGACUGUGACUUGCCUGAGUUCUGCCCAGGAAACAGCUCCCAGUGCCCCCCUGACGUCAGCCUGGGGGAUGGUGAGCCCUGUGCUGGUGGGCAGGCCAUAUGUCUGCAGGGGCACUGUGCCUCCUAUGCCCAGCAAUGCCAGGCACUCUGGGGACCUGGGGCUCAGCCUGCCUCACCCCUUUGCCUGCAAACUGCUAACACUCGGGGGAAUGUCUUUGGGAGCUGUGGGCGCAACCCCCACGGCAGUUAUGUGGCCUGCACCCCUAGAGAUGCCAUUUGUGGGCAGCUCCAAUGCCAGGGGGGUAUGGCCCAGCCUUUGCUGGGCUCAGUCCAGAAUCUGAUCUGGGAGAUGCUGGAAGCCAAUGGGACCCAGCUGAAUUGCAGUUGGGUACAUCUGGACCUGGGCAACGAUGUGGCCCAGCCCAUCCUGACUCUGCCUGGCACAGCCUGUGGGCCUGACCUGGUGUGCAUUGACCAUCGAUGCCAGCCUGUGAAGCUCCUAGGGGUACAGGAAUGUCGAAGCAAAUGCCAUGGGCAUGGGGUCUGCGACACCAAUGCAUUCUGCCACUGUGAGGAGGGAUGGGCACCCCCUGACUGUACCACCCAGAUUAGAGAAACCAGCUCUCUGACCACAGGACUGCUCCUCAGCCUCCUGUUGUUACUGGUUCUGGUGCUGCUUGGUGCCAGCUACUGGCACCGUGCCCGCCUGCGCCAGCGACUCUACCAGUUCAAGGGGCCUAGCUGCCAAUACAGGGCAGCCCAGUCUGGUCCCCCGGAGUGUCCAGGACCACCACAGAGGGCCCUGAUGAUGCCAGGCACCAAGCAGACUAGUGCUCUGGGCUUCCCGGCCCCCCCUUCCAGGCCGUUGCCACCUGACCCUGUGCCCAAGAGACUACAGGCCGAGCUGGCUGACCGACCCAACCCCCCCACGCGCCCUCUGCCCGCUGACCCGGUGGUGAGGCGCCUGAAGUCUCAGGGGCCUGUCAAGCCCCCACCCCCGAGGAAGCUAUUGCCUUCUGACCCCCAGGAUCAGCGCCCAUCAGAUAACCUGGCUGGCCCAGGAACUAGAAUUCCACCCCAGGUGAUACCUUCCAGGCCAGCGCCGCCUCCCCCAGCAGUCUCCUCACUCUACCUCUGA